AUGUCGGGCACACAACACCCACACGAGCCUCCACCGUCUUACGAGAGCGCCACCGGCAGCUCGUCGACAGAGCCCACGCCGGGCAUAGCGCGUGUGUCCACCGACGAGCCUGGCGCGCGCACCGAUCGCAAUGGCAUUCCCAUGGACCGCCGACGUUCAAUGGAGGACGAGCUGCGGCCGUUGCCCUCCGGUUGGGUGCGCACCUUUGACCCAGAGUCACACCACCAGUUCUUCGUCGACACCACGGCCGACCCACCGCGCUCGAUAUGGACCCACCCGUAUGACGACGAGGAGUAUCUGCGCACGCUUAGCCCCGAGGAGCGCAAGCAGCACAGCCGCAUGAAGCGCACCGUGACCCUCGAGGACCUCGCCGCUGAGGAUUCAGACGAUGACAACGAUCUGCCCCCUCGCCCAGACGCGCGCGCCAAACCGGCCGACUCGGGACUCACCGGUUUCCAUAAGUUCUCGCGCCGCCUGAAAGACAAGGUAACCGGCUCGACGCACACGGAGCGCGAGCAGCAACGCGUACGCCGCGCUGCCCAGGAGCAGCAAGCGUACCAAACUCAUCUGCGCGCACGCCAAGCCCUCAUCCGCGCCAUGGAGACGGGAGAGCCGCAAUUUCUGUGCAAAGACGCGCAAGGCAGAGACGUCUACGUCACCGCGCCCAGUGGGUACGCGCCGCGCGGAGCGUACGGGUACAAUCCAUACGGGACCCCCUACGGAGGAUACAACCCUAAUGUACGGUACAUGCGCCCGAGGACGCCGUAUGGCAGGCCCUACGGCUAUGGAUAUGGCGGUGGUGCGGGGUUGCCCAUCGCAGCGGGCUUUAUGGGUGGCGCUUUGCUUGGAGGAGCGCUGUUCUAG